GUUGGAAUAGGAAACUGGCGACCAAGGGUCUACAAUGGUCAAUUGGUUGGGCCCACCAUACGUGUUUCCCCAGGAGACACUCUUCGCAUCGUUAUUAUCAACAAGUUGAGCCCCCCUGAAGGAGCAUGGCACAACAAUCAUCUGGGAAGGUAUUUAUCGAUUCAGUUGAAUGCCACAAACUUACACCUCCAUGGUUUACAUAUAUCCCCAUUAGAAGACGACGUAUUGGUAUCAUGUCGACCAGGCGAGAAUUUAACCUAUCUCUACCACAUCCAUCAAGAUCACGCGCACGGCACCUAUAUGUAUCACGCUCACCUCCAUGGGAGUACAUCUAUACAAGUUAGUCAGGGCCUCGCCGGAGCUCUCAUCGUAGGCCCAAC